AAGUGCGAGCUGGCCAUGGGCGGGACUCGGCAGCAGGGCUUUGCGAGCACACGUGGGAUUCGCCAAGGUCGCCCGCUCGCCCCGCUUCUAUUCGCGGUGGCGCCAGACAUCUUGCUGCGCCGGAUCGCGCGCCAGGUGCCGGACAGAACGCUGCGCGCACGCUCGGACGACACAGCCUUGGUGCACCCCGACAUAUGGGGCGCGUUGCCCCAGAUAGAGGUAAUCCCCCCCGAUUUCCAGCGAAUGUCAGAGUUGGCACUCAACGUUGACAAGACUGCGUUUGUACCCCUAUCCAGGGGGAGCUCGGAGAGCACCCGCGAGCGACUGGCGCGGGCCGCGCCGCUCUGGGGCUCCAGGAGCGUUGCCCGAAACGCCAGGCACCUGGGUUAUGCGAUCGGCCCCGGGCGCGGCGACCUGACCUGGGACGCCCCGGCUUGGGCCUGGGGACUGAACACAAUCUUGGCCCACCUGGUCUUCGUCCUGUCGACGACGCCGUUCGCUUGCCAGCUGGACCCGCUGCCGGAGAAGGCGCUGGAAGUGGAGGCGGGCUUCGGGCUGUUAAAAUCCUUCAAGUGGCUCGGCUUUCCAGCCGAAGUACCAGACCUUGACUCGAUCGCGGUGGCCGCAAGGGCGAGCGUGGCUUUGCGCGAGAACAUGAAGCAAGGCGGGCUGCGGGUCACCCAGAGGGCUCGUCAGCUUCGGCAAUUGCUGAGCCGCGCAGACUGCGCGGACCGGGCGCUGCACCACGGCGGGUGGAUUGGAUCGAAUUUUCCAUUUUCGCUGGUUGCUGCUACCCUCAAGGUGCACGCCCUCCAGGACAUGGCCCCAGCUGAGUUGAACGCCAGAGACGAGUGCCACAAGAAGGCGGGCUGGCAAGCUCGGGUCAGCAAGGCCUUGCGACCGCCGCUGGAGCUCGAGGCCCAGGCCCACCUCCGGCGCAGGCGGGGCCACUGGCAGGCACGCGCGAUGCCUGGCCGCCGAGUGCAGUCUUUCAUGAAGCACAUGCGCCGCCUGGCCGGUCCAGUUGCCCCCCGCGUGCAGUCCGCGACCCUUCGGGCCGCCAGGUCGACGGCCAGCAGAUUCGGAGGGCGGGCGCCGUGCUGCUUCGGCUGUCACCGAGGCUCAGACUCCAUCAAGCACUACGCCGCUUGCGGUGAAUUCCACGCGCUCCGCGCGCGCUGGCUGGGGCUCACAUGGCCGCAGAUGGCAUGCCAGCUCGACGACUUCAUCGGGCUGGGCAUCACAACGGCACGUUCG